AUGGCGCUGCUGUUCGCCUAUUGGCAAUAUAACGUCGCCCGACUGGAAGGCCAGCCCGAUGCACUGACCAAAAUCGAGAAGCUCGCCCUGCCUCUGCGCUUCCCCUACUACCUGGAAAGUCGCAAUUACAAGCGCAAAGACAGUUCCACGCUGCUGAGGCAGGUGGACUUGAAUCCCAGCAACGUGCCGAACUAUACGGACCUCUUCGACAAGUUCAAAAAGUCAUCAAUGGAGACAAGCAGCCCGCAGCUGACCCAAUGGAUGAACCAAACGUACAAUGAGGGCUUUUUCCGCGAAUUGAACGUUGCCGACGCGAUCAUUCUGUGCAAGAAGAUCGCUGGCGUUGCUGACAAGGCUGGCAAAGCUGACAAACUGGCGGACGUCAAGUUCCUUGAAGGGCAAACUAAAGACGAGGGGUGGCUGAAGCAGUUAAAUUCAGAUGUUGAAGAAUUCAAAGGAAUAUUGACUGGCAAGACUAAAAAGAAGGAAAAACGGAAAAAGAAAGAUGACUCGGAGUCCAAGAAAAAGCCCAAGAAAAAGCCCAAUUUCGACGAAGAGGUCAACGAGUUCCGCGACCUGCGCAUCCAACAGUAUCUGGCCAUCAUGAUGCUGAAAGAAUAUUGGGGAUUCAUCUCUAGCAUGGACGCGAACUAUGGACGCAAGCAGCUCGGAAAACCAGGCUACAAGCAGCCGCGGUACCUGUGGACGCGCUCGUGCGACAAUACAUUGCUCGAUGGGCGUGUCGUCCCUUUUGUAUCCAAUCAGGAAGGUUUACCCAUCCGAGAGGAGCCCACCACAAAUCCGAAUGGCAGCGUGACUAUGCAGAUGAAUAUCGAGGUUCCCAGCAUUUCCCCUCUGUCCCAGGAGCAGGCUGCCGACGAGGGCCAGCAAAUUCAAGCCAAAAACUUGUCGGAUUUCAUAGAUGCGAAUCUUUCCAUCGUGAUUGAUGAAUUCGAUUGGUCUGACGAAAUUCGGAGCGAGGGUGACUACAGCGAAUCGGAGACCGAGGAAGACAGCAAAGAGGCGAGUCUUAUCAGUGGCCGUCGCGGAUGGGUUGGGGGAAAAGACAUUUCGAAAACUCGCGUGGUCGAACGGGGCGAAACUGAGCGCUUAGCAGUACGGACACGUAAAUUUCGAUAG